AUGGGGAGCAAUUCUACAAUAGAUCUUAAUCAGUAUGGAAUAAAAGCCUGUUUCUCUUUCCCCACAGACAUGGACAACUGCAUUCAGUGUCCACUAGAUCAUUAUCCAAACGAGGAGCGAAAUUUCUGCCUUCCAAAAUUUGCAACAUUUUUAUCCUAUGAAGAAAUGCUGGGGAACAUUUUUACCAGCUUUAUUAUUACUUUUUCUAUUAUUACUAUUUUGCUGCUCUGGCUCUUCAUUAAACACAAUGACACACCUAUUGUGAAGGCCAAUAAUGAGACCCUCACGUAUAUUCUUCUCAUCUCCCUCCUGCUCUCAUUUCUCUGUGCUUUGCUAUAUAUUGGUCAGCCUCGCCAAUGGACAUGCCUUCUUCGGCAAGUUACCUUUGGCAUCAUCUUCUCCGUGGCAGUUUCUAGCAUUUUGGCAAAGACUAUCAUUGUAAUUCUUGCUUUCAUGGCUACCAAGCCAGGGUCCAGAAUUAGAAAAUGGAUGGGGAAGAGACUGGGUCUUUUUAUUGUCCUUUCUUGCUCUUUUAUUCAGACCAUUCUUUGUACAGUAUGGCUAUCAAUCUCUCCCCCAUUCCUAGACGUUGACAUGUAUUCCAUGCCAAAGGAAAUUGUCUUGAUAUGUAAGGAAGGGUCAACCGUCAUGUUUCACUGUGUCCUUGGUUUUAUGGGUCUCUUGGCAAUUAUCAGCUUCCUGGUGGCUUUCCUGGUCAGGAAGUUACCAGACACCUUUAAUGAAGCCAAAUUUAUCACUUUCAGCAUGUUGGUCUUUUGCAGUGUCUGGCUGUCCUUUGUUCCAACCUACUUGAGCACAAAGGGGAAAUAUAUGGUGGCUGUAGAGAUCUUCUCCAUUUUGUGCUCCAGUGGGGGGUUACUGGCUUUUAUCUUCUUCCCAAAAUGUUACAUUAUUCUGGUGAGGCCUGAUUUAAAUAACAAAGAACAGCUAAAAAGGGGGGAAAAUUGA